AUGAGGAUGAACUAUUAUCCCCCUUGUCCUCAACCAGAGCUCGCCAUCGGUCUUACGCCACACUCGGAUUUUGGCGGUUUGACAAUCCUCCUUCAAAUCAACAAAGUGGAAGGAUUGCAGAUAAACAAAGAAGAGAGGUGGAUUUCAGUCAAACCUCUACCUAAUGCGUUCGUAGUGAAUGUUGGAGACGUUUUGGAGAUAAUGACUAAUGGAAUUUACCGUAGCGUCGAUCACCGUGCAGUAGUAAACUCAACAAAGAAGAGGCUCUCAAUCGCAACAUUUCAUGACCCUAGGUCUAGAGUCGGUAAUAGGCCCAAUAUCGAGCUUGAUCACUCCACAGACACCUGCUUUGUUCAAAAGUGGAUCUACGUAUGGGGAACUUGUGGAGGAAUUUCAUUCAAGGAAGCUCGAUGGAAAACCAUUUCUUGA